AUGUCUGGCGCAUCCCCGCAAGGAGUACUCCCUUGCCUUACCACUACACCCACCUAUCAAAUUGGACACGUUGGAAGAGUGUUCCACUUGAAACGCGACCGCGACAACCAACGACCGACGAGGGCGACGGGGAGGGACAUGGAUCUUGAACUCGCGACGCCUUCGGAUUUCCCGGCAUUUCCUUAUGAUCCUCCUUACGCGAUUCAAGUCGACCUCAUGCGUCAUGUGUACGAGGCGAUAGAGAAGAAACAUGUCACCAUUGUCGAAAGUCCAACAGGAACUGGAAAAACGCUGACGUUGUUAUGUUCGUCGUUGACAUGGCUAUUGGAUGAGAAAGACAGGGCGAGGAAAGGCAAGUUAAAGGAGGUCGCCGGGGUGGACGGAGAAGAGGAAGUAAAAGACUGGGUCAUCGAGCAAACCCUUGCCCGUGUUCGGCGAGAAAUGGAAGCAGAUGAACGCGAAUAUGAGGAGAAACUGGCAAGGGCGAGAAAACGGGAAGAACAGCUGCGACGCAUGGCCAAGGCCAGGGUUACAAAGAAGAUGAGAUAUGGAGCAGAAUCAUCGAAUCCCAAAGUCGACGACGAUGAAGACGAGGACCAGUUUCUUCCUGAGAACGACCAAGACGAUGAGGACAGCGACUAUGUAUCACCUGCCCUCCGUGCUCUGAUGCAGAAGUUAGACCGUGUCCAGCGAACGGGUCAGCUAGGUGAUGAAGAAGAAACGACAUGCACCAAGAUUUAUUACGCCUCAAGGACGCACUCUCAACUUUCCCAAGUUUUGCCGGAACUUCGCAGACUGAAGUUGAAGCAACAAAUCUCUGUGGCCAACCAUUGUACAUCCGCUGCCUCCGGUAAUCAGGCGUCCACAGGGCGGAAACGAUGCGCAGAAGAGCACGAAGAUACCGAUGAAGAAGUUGCUGGCAAGCGGAUCAGAAUAGUUGCCCUUGGAUCCAGGAAGCAGCUUUGCAUCAACGACGAACUAAGGGAAAAAAGCUCGGAUUUGGACGAGGCGUGCCGAGAAUUACUUGGAGGUAGGGCCUCGCAAAAGGACAUCGAAGAUUUGGCCGAGGCGGGUCGUUUGGCAAAUACCUGUCCGUACUUUGGAUCCCGCAAGGCAAUUCCACAGGCGGAGUUGGUAACGCUGCCUUACAACCUUUUGUUGCAGAAAUCUGCCCGGGAAGCGCUCGGGAUUGACCUCAAAGGACAGAUCGUGAUCAUUGAUGAAGCUCACAAUUUGAUACCUACGCUACUGUCUCUCUCAACCCACAGACUGUCAUACGGGACGCUGGCGAUAUCGCUGCAGCAAGUGGCUGAAUAUGUCCGGCGGUUUAAGACCCGACUGUCACCCGCGAACAUGUUGCAACUAAAACGACUGGUGAUCUUUCUGGAGGCCCUGAAAAAGGCCGCAGGUAUCAACUUGCUUGAAGUUGAAGCAUAUCUAAAGAAAAGCAAGAUUGCUCGCAAGAUCUCUGGCUAUGUCGACAAACAGGCGGAGAAAGACUCGGCCAGCUCGGUGCCGCGUCGCAAGAGCCGGAAGGGCGCGAUCCCGCCGCUUCAUGUCGUCGAAGACUUCAUGAAAUCUCUAAGUAACGUGAAUGAUGAUGGCCGCGUAACCUUUACCUUGGUGGAGACGGCAGGCCAAGAGGCAACAGUCGAGUUGAAAUACCAAUUGUUGAAUCCUGCGCCCAACUUUCUGGAGAUUGUGGAAGAUGCACGAGCGAUCAUUCUUGCUGGUGGAACAAUGUCACCGAUUUCGGACGUUACCAACCAAUUGUUCUAUAGCGUUCCACGAGAACGAGUGUCCAACUUCUCCUGUGGGCACGUUAUACCUGAAGAUAACUUAAAGCCCCUGGCCGUGAUGAAAGGGCCGAAAGGACAUGAUCUAGAUUUCCGAGCCAACAGGCAGAGUGAUCCAACAGUGCUCGCUGAACUGGGACAGAUUAUUUUUAACUACGCCUCGAUUACGCCGGCCGGAAUGAUUGUAUUCUUUCCCUCGUAUAGCUUUCUUAAUACUGCAAAGGCUACGUGGGGUAAGAGCAAGGUUUUGGACCGAUUCGGCACUAAGAAAGCGGUUUUCUUCGAACCGGAGGAAAGUAACGCAGUCGAGUCGGUCCUUCAAGAGUAUUCCAAAGCCGCCCAGGUGUGUAUACUCAUUGCCCACCAGAGACUCCAAUACAAACCUGCCGGUCUUUUUUACCGAGAACAGAGCGUGCCAUCUUCAGAUAGGAAAGGCGGCGGUCUUCUUUUUGCAGUGAUAGGGGCAAAACUCUCCGAGGGUCUCAACUUUUCUGAUGACCUUGCACGAACUGUCAUAAUCGUAGGGUUGCCGUUUGCAAACCUUGGCUCGCCGGAGCUCCGAGAGAGGAUGAAAUACGUCAAGAUGUUGGAAGAGAAGCGCCAGCAGAACGGGGAUUUUUCGAAACCCGCCGGCCAGAAGGACGCUGCAGCUGAAUUGUACGAGAACAUUUGCAUGAAUGCUGUUAAUCAGAGCAUAGGGCGCGCAAUACGACAUCGAAAUGAUUGGGCGUCGCUAUUGCUUCUCGAUCGAAGAUAUGCAAGUGCUACAAUCCGAAACAAACUUCCCAAAUGGAUCGGAAACCGUCUGGUUGUUACCGAUACCUUUGGGCAGAGUAUCAAAGAGCUUGCUUCAUUCUUUUCGAAGAGGAUUGAACCUGUCUACAGAGACACCAGCCUCGCAUCGACGCCAGCACCAACGUAG